AUGAUUAUGGAAGGUGUCUGUUACAAGGUGAAUCAAGGUAGAGAUCAACCCUAUCAGUGCGAUUCACCAUUCAUUCAAAAGACCAACGCUCAGGUCCAAAAGUGGCUAAGUUUAACUGCCAUAAUCAACAUCCUAGUCAGUGGAAAAGUAGGCCAGAUGAGCGAUACUCACGGCAGAAAACCUGUCAUUCUUUUCAUCAUUGCAUGUGACUUGGUUGGAUUCAUCGUUAUACUUGUAGUUCUUACUCCACGAUACUUCUCUGCACGUCUACUUUUCCUAGGAGGUUCAAUUCAGAGUAUGGGGGGUUCCAUUUUCGUUUUGAUGGGUGUUAGUGAUAGUUAUAUAGUUGAUGUUGUUGUUAAACAGCAUAGAAUGCAGGCUAUGGGUAAAUUAGUGGCAUUCAUGACCUUUGGUAUGGGUCUAGGCCCUCUAAGUGCGUCUAUUGCCAAUCUCAGUCCUCGCUAUACUUUGCUGGUUUCCGUACUACUUCGUGUGUUUGCCUUGGCACUUGUUGUUCUGUUUCUUCCUGAAUCUCGUUCGGCAAAGCUUCGUGCCAAGGCCAGACGGCGGCUGUCCAGAGAAAGAAGAAUGUCUGACGAGCAAAUCCAGCAUACAUUUUCUGUAUCUGGAAUCGUUAAUCUACUCGGAUUGAACCAGCUUAUUGACUCUUUAAAGUCCAUCAAGUUGCUCUGGAUUUCUCGUCAUCCUGAUAGGUUGGAUUAUAUAGAUCGAACUUAUCUAGUCGUGGCACUAUUAUGUGAAAUAGGAAUGCAGACGAUGGGUGUAAUUGCCAAUACAACUGCAGGAUUCUUGAUGAUUGCUCCAUUCAUGGCCUUUGCUUCACUAGGCACUCCUACACUUCACUCUGCAUUGAUCAAAUACAGUCCUAGUUCUGCUAAGAACGGAGAAUUCUUUGGCGCGUUGGCUCUAUUCACCAAUAUCAUCAUCUUGCAGUCAAUCCAAAGUUGA